AUGACAACUCAGAUGGUUUCGUUGAGUGACCCAGACAAGCGCCAGUAUCAUGCGCGAGUGUCCAGCAAUACAUCCAAGCCACCAGGGCGCCAAUGGACAACUUCGUUUCUCAUAAGCAUCACCGUCCUGGCGGCCCUUCUGCAGCUGCAUCGUGCGUUUCUCACGGUGACGAGCUCCGUCAGCCCCCUCGGCACAAGUGAAGAGAAGACCGCUGUUUGGGAUUGGGCAGCAUUGGAGCCAAGUAAGGAACUGGUGUGGGAGAGAUGCUACGGUGGCCAGUUUGAUUGUGCGCGGCUCGAUGUCCCCCUCGAUUGGCUUGAACCCUCGGAAGAAGCACGCGUGGUGCUCGCCGUCAUACGUGCCCCGGCCAAGAGCCGGGAAGACUACAGAGGCCCAGGUCCUGGAGGCUCAGGGGUUGCUUGGUUGGCUGAGGGUAUCGCCGAUUACUUACAGACCAUCAUCGGAGAUAAUCAUGACAUCAUCAGCUGGGACCCCCGAGGUGUCGGCGCUUCAGUGCCUCGUAUAGAUUGCUGGGGAUCUUCGCGGAAGAGACACGAUUGGGCCAUGCAGAACACGGGUGUUGUCGACUCGCACCCAGGAAUGCUCUUUGAUGCUCUAGCCCAGUUCGACGCUGUUUCUAAGCAGUGCGAGAGCUAUAUGAACACGACCACGCCCGGAUUGCUGCAUCACAUUUCAACAGCUUCCCACGCUCGGGACAUGUUGGAGAUAUCUGACAAGCUAGGCUUCGAGAAGGUCAAAUAUUGGGGCGUCAGCUACGGUACCAUACUUGGGGGAACCUUUGCUGCGCUUUACCCUGACAGAGUAGAGAGGCUUGUAAGCGAUGGCAAUGUGGAUUAUGGCGACUGGUUCGCAAAUGUACAACUCAACUACCUCCAAGAUGCCGAUAAGAUCAUGGAGUACUUUUUCGAGUCCUGCGCCAAAGCCGGGCCCGAGAAGUGCGCUUUCCAUGAAGCCAGCGCUGCCAGCAUUGAAGAGAGAUUCUUCAAACUGCUCGGCAGCCUGAAGAAGAGCCCCGUGCUGAUACCGCCCUACACCAACGGAACCCAGCUCGAGAUGCCCGAGCUGGUCACUUAUUCAAAGCUACAGAGCCUCCUCAGGGGCUGUCUCUACAAGCCGAUCGAGAAGCUGCCACAGCUGGCCGCGGUCAUGGCGGCCCUCGAGCGCAAGGAUGGAGUCCCGUACUACCAGAUGGCCAACGAGGACGACGGGCCGCCGAUGCUCGACUUCUGCGCCGUGAACGAGACCCUGCCGACGGUCCCGGAGAUCCCCCGGCACUCGGACGACGCGUUCCCGGCCAUCAUGUGCGCGGACGGCGAGCCCAUCGACGCCAGCCCGGACUCGAUCCUGGCCUACGCCAAGGCGCUGCAGCGCAUCAGCCGGUACGCGGGGGCGUCCAACGUGCACUCGAAGCUGUCGUGCGCGGGGCGGCGGGCGCGGCCGCGGUGGCGGUUCGCGGGCCCGUUCGGCGGGAUCCAGACCAGUUUCCCGGUCCUGUUCGUCGGCAACAUCGCCGACAACGUGACGCCGCUGCGCAGCGCGCGCAGCAACGCGGCCGCCUUCCCCGGCGCCGUCGUCCUGGUCCAGGAGUCGUACGGCCACUGCAGCCUCGCGGCGCCGUCGACGUGCACGGCCAGGGCCAUCCGGGACUACUUCCAGCACGGCGUCCUGCCGGACCCGGACACGCGGUGUGCGCAGGACUACGAGAUGUUCGAGGAGCCUCCCGAGAUCUCUGCCACGGGGCUGGAGGGGGAUAUCGCGAGGGCUGUCCGGGAACUAUCGAGAAGGGCUCACGUUGCUAUGUGGUGA